GGCCUAACUUUAAGUACUUUAGUACACUACACGUCUUCUCAAACUUGCCAACGUUGCCAUCCAAAAACCCUAAAUUUUUUUACAACGGCAAUGAAAUGAACCACACCACAAGUCACUCCUUCACGUCCUCCUCCACAUCGAAACCCUAAUUCUCCUCCAACAAAAGCCUAAUUCACCUUAAAAAAAAAUCCCAAUGCUCCUCCAUUAGCGUUUUUCAAUUUUCUUUCUCUUCUUCGCAAACCAUGUCGCUCCCCGCCGCCGAUCGCCGAGAAGUUCAAGGUCCGUCGCCGGUAUCGGGAGGCGGAAAUGGCGUUGCAGUGGCUUCCGACUUGAACCGCUUGGCGAUUGUGGCGUCGAACCAGAGCACAAGCCAGAGGCUGAGGUUGAAUCCGAACAAGGACCACAAGCCCGAUAGCUACGAGGACUUGCAAUUGGAUUUCAGUCCCUCGAUCUUCAGCUCGUUGGAGCGGUACUUGCCUCCUACGAUGCUAGCCUUGCCUCGAGACGAUAAGGUCAAGUUCAUGAAGGACAUUCUGCUCAAGUACUUGCCUCAUGGAGAGCGAAACAGAGUUCAGAAACAUAGGGAAUACAGGCAGAAGAUAAUUUCAAAUUAUCAGCCUUUACAUAGAGAGAUAUACACAAUGCACCCUCAAACGUUCUUUGUUCCAUCAUUUCUGAAAGCAAUCAAUGAUAAUUCAGAGGAAAGCUUUAGAAGUAUAAUGUCUGAACCCUCACCCGGGGUGUUUACAUUUGAAAUGAUUCAGCCACGCUUCUGUGAAUUAUUGUUAUCUGAGGUGGAGAAUUUCGAAAAGUGGGUUAAUGAAGCAAAAUUCCGAAUCAUGCGACCAAAUACGAUGAAUAAGUAUGGUGCUGUUCUAGAUGAUUUUGGUCUUGAAACCAUGCUGGACAAGCUUAUGGAGGGGUAUAUUCGUCCUAUAUCUAAAGUGUUCUUUCAAGAAGUUGGUGGAUCAACUUUGGAUUCUCAUCAUGGAUUUGUUGUUGAAUAUGGUAAAGAUAGGGAUGUUGACUUGGGCUUUCAUGUUGAUGACUCAGAAGUAACUUUGAAUGUGUGCUUGGGAAAGCAAUUUUCUGGGGGAGAAUUGUUUUUUCGGGGCACCCGAUGUGAUAAGCAUGUAAACACAGGAAGUCAAUCAGAGCAGGAGAUCUUCGAUUAUUCCCAUGUCCCGGGGCGAGCUGUGCUUCAUCGUGGUCGCCACCGCCAUGGUGCUAGAGCCACAACAUCUGGUCAUCGUAUCAACCUACUUCUGUGGUGCAGAAGUUCGGUCUUCAGAGAGAUGAAGAAGUAUCAAAAAGAUUUCUCUAGCUGGUGUGGGGAAUGCUUUCGUGAAAAGAAAGAAAGGCAACGCUUGUCAAUUGCUGCUACCAAAUCGGAGUUGCUGAGGAAGGAAGGUGAAUCCACAACAUGAGCUGCUUCAAUUGUAAUUUUUGCUGUUGGUUGUAACAUUAUGUAGUUCUAAUUCUAGUUUAGAUACCAUAGCAUUAAUGUGCAGUUGGGUCUGCCUUUUUUCUUUUGUAAUUCAUCUAAGGGGUGUUUGUACAAAUUAUGUGAAUGAAAUGAAAUUUCUAUGUAGGAAGCAUGCAAGAAACUUUUGUAAAAAUCUCAAGUGUUAAUCUGAAUCCCUUGAGGUCCAAAUAUUGUAUUUAGAUGAAUCUAGGGUUAGGUGUUUCAAACCACAGUAUCGUAGUCAAUAAUAAUCAACUCAUUAUUGAUUAUUGUC